AUGGGGUGUUACCGUGUUGCAUAUGGCACGUGGCAUUCGCCUGCCUCGCCUGGCACGUGGCAUUUUGUGGGGGAGCGUGCUGGCUUCCGGCACUUGAUCCGAGCACUGACAGGCGACCCUGACCUCAUCGUGACGUCGCCCACGUUCCUGCUGCUCAACUCCUACCCCGCGCCCAACCUCACGGUGCAUCACUAUGAUGCAUACCGCCUGGCUGCCCUGCACACCGCCACACGCGCGGCAACGGCAGCACCACCACCACCACCAGCAGCAGCAGCAGCAGCAGCAGCAGCAGCAGCAGCAGCAGCAGCAGCAGCAGCAGCAUCGCCUGACAUUCAGCGCCUGGACCUCGCACACUCGCUUGCUACUGGGCUGUGUUUGAUCGAGUGGGCGCAGCCCCUCCUCCCUCUGCUGCCCGCCCACCGCCUCAACCUCUCCAUCUCCCUCCUGCCGCCCGCUCUGAAUCCUCCGGGCGGCACAGACGAACCUGAUGUGCUCCACGGGGGACAGCCAGCAGCAGGGGCGACUGUGGGGGCAGCAGAGGGGAGGGCGGAGCCUGGGGAGAAAAUGAGAGGUGGGGACGGGGGAAGGGAGGGUGACAGGUUGGGGGAAGACGAUGGAGAGGAGUGGGAGGCGCAGGAUGAUUGGGAGGAGGAAGAGGAGGAGGGGGAGUGGCGGGUGGUGCAUUUAGAUGCCAGGGGGGAGGGAUGGACUGCUGUGGUUGAUGCUGUGCUUGCCACCGCACGGUCGUCCCCUCUUGUAACCAUCUUAUGA